AUGCUGUACACGAUUAAAGCAUCGACGCAUGUUCGGCCGGUGCAGGUCGCGACCCGUUCGCGCGCGUACAGCUCCUCGCGGCCGACGCGCGCUGAGAAGCUUGUUAUUCUUGGUUCGGGAUGGGGAGGAUACGAGGUGCUGAGGGUUGACAAGAAGAAAUAUGAUGUGACUGUUGUAUCGCCUGUCAAUUACUUCAACUUCACUCCGCUGCUUGCGAGUGCAGCCGUCGGAACCAUCGAGUUUCGGUGUGCUACAGAAGCCGUCCGCCGAUACAGCCCGAACAUCAGCUACUACCAAGCCUGGGUAGACAGCAUCGAUUUCAAGAACAAGACACUCGAAUGUAUGCCCGCAACGCCUCCGCCUCCCUUCUCUCACGAGGUUGCGGGCAAACCAACAAACGUCUCGUCCACGGCGUCUUCGUCACCAACAACUUUAACGCCACCCGCACCCGCUCCGGGGAAGGCCUUCCAACUACCCUACGACAAGCUCGUCAUAUCAGUCGGAGCCUAUGCUCAAACCUUUGGGAUACCUGGCGUCAAGGAGCAUGCACUAUUCCUGAAGGACGUCAAAGAUGCUCGGCUUAUACGCUCACGCAUCAUGGAGUGCUUCGAGCAGGCGAACCAGCCAUUCAUCACCGACGCACAGCGCGACCAACUGCUUCACUUCUGCAUCGUCGGUGGAGGGCCUACUGGAGUCGAGUUCGCGGCUGAGCUGCACGAUCUGACGCAGACUGAUCUGCGCAAGGCAUUCCCGCAUCUCGUUCCCCACGCCCGUAUCUCCGUGUACGACGUAGCGCCGCAGAUUCUAGGUUCCUUUGACGCAAAGUUGGCAAAAUACGCCGAACAGUCUUUCGCGCGUGAGAGGAUCGAUCUCAAGACGAACCACCAUGUUGAAGGCGUCGAAGCUGGCAAAUUACAUGUGAAAGAGCAGGGUGUAGUGCCCUUCGGCCUGCUGGUAUGGUCAACAGGGCUCGCGCCGAACCCGCUUGUCGCCGCAAUCAGCGAUAUGCGCAAGGAUGAGAAGACCAAGAGUCUCGUCACCGACAAGUAUCUAAACGUGCUCUGCCCCAAUGGUACUACGUCGGACAAGGACGUGUGGGCCAUUGGGGACGCUGCAAAAAGCGAGGGUGUGGCAUUACCCGCUACCGCUCAAGUCGCCAGCCAGAAGGCGAAGUACGUUUCCAACACCCUCAAUGCGCUAGCGAAGGGCAAACCCUCGUCGAAGCCUUUCGAGUUCAACAAUCAAGGCGCCCUCGCGUACCUGGGUAACAUGACCGCGAUCGUAGACCGUAGCCAGGCAACUUCAGGACCGAAGAAGUCUGGCACCGGCGUCUUCGCCUGGCUAUUCUGGCGCUCUGCGUAUUUCACGCGCACUGUCAGCCUACGGAACAAAUUCUUGAUCAUGGCGUACUGGACCAUGACUAUGAUAUUCGGGCGCGAUUUGACGAAGUUCUGA